GCUUUUUUCCCUCUCUCAAAAAUGGGGAAAUACAUGAAGAAAUCCAAGAUUACUGGCGAUAUCAGUGUCAUGGAGGUCUCUAGGGCAACAGCUCCAGGUGUUCGAACCAGAGCCGCUAAAACCCUAGCUUUGAAGCGGCUUAAUUCCUCCGCCGCUGAUUCAGCUCUACCUAACGACUCUUCUUGCUAUCUUCAGCUCCGUAGCCGCCGUCUCGAGAAACCCUCGUCGCUGAUUGAACCGAAACAGCCGCCGAGAGCUCACAAAUCUGGAAUCAAAGAGUCUGGUUCAAGGUCUCGCGUUGACUCGGUUAACUCGGUUGACUCGGUUCCUGUAGCUCAGAGCUCUAAUGGAGAUGAAUGUUUUGAUAAUUUCGUGAGUGCCCAAGUUUCUUGUGGUGAGAACAGUCUCGAUUUUGAAUCAAGACACAGCACAAGAGAGAGCACGCCUUGUAACUUUGUUGAGGAUCUGGAGAUCAUGGUUACACCAGGGUCUAGCACAAGGUCGAUGUGCAGAGCAACCAAAGAGUACACAAGGGACCGAGAUAGCGUGAUCCCGACCACUAGUGAGUUGGAGGAGUUUUUUGCCUAUGCAGAGCAGCAACAACAGAGGCUAUUCAUGGAGAAGUACAACUUCGACAUUGUGAAUGAAAUCCCCCUCAGCGGACGAUACGAAUGGGUACAAGUCAAUCCAUGAAGUUCAAAAGGAAACAGCUCCAAAAGACAUGGUGUGAAGUUAGAGAAUGUGAUGGAAUUAACAGACUAACCGAAC